GGUUCUGUGUGUAGUACCACUCUUUGUCAGGGCAGCGUGAUCGCACUGCAGCAGAGACACUGGCUAGAACCAAAAGCACAGAACACAUUGGACCAGAAGCCAAAUAACACAAGGAAAUUCACCAUCAAAGCAGCACAAAAGUAACUGAACAUGGAUUCCACCAGCUCUCCAGUGACCUUCACCCCUUUGCCCUCCUCCAACAACGGGACCUGUGACACGCUCUACGCUCACAGGAGCUACGCCCGCGUCAUCAUCCCUAUUUUCUACUGCAUUGUGUUCCUCGUGGGUCUCUCUGGAAACUGCCUGGCCUUCCACGUCAUCCGUCCUAACCUGAAGAAGAUGAACUCCACCACAUUGUACUCGCUCAACCUGGUCAUCUCGGACAUCCUCUUCACGCUCUCGCUCCCCGCCAGGAUCUUCUACUACGCCUCUGGCUUCCACUGGCCGCUGACCGAGACCUUGUGCAAGUUUUGCGGCUUGCUCUUCUACAUCAACACCUACGCGGGGGUCAAUUUCAUGACCUGCCUAAGCGUGGACCGCUUCAUUGCCGUGGUGCUGCCCCUGCGCUUCGCCCGUCUGAGGAAGGUUAGCACUGUGAAGUACAUCUGUGUCGGCGUGUGGAUGCUCGUCCUGGCUCAGACGCUGCCUCUGCUUGCCAUGAACAUGACACACAAGGAAUCGGACGAGUACAUCACGUGUAUGGAAUACCCCAACUUUGAAAAAGUGGACCACAUCGCCACCAUACUGAUCGGCGGCGUCAUCAUCGGCUACAUCAUCCCCUUGAUAACAAUCCUUCUGUGUUACUCUGUCCUGUCUUUAAAACUGCACUCCACUGCCAAGGCCAACCACUUAAUGGAAAAGUCUGGUCGCAGCCGAAAAGCCAUCGGCGUCAUCUGCUGCGUGUCCUUAGUCUUCAUCAUCUGCUACAGCCCCUAUCACAUCGACCUCCUUCAGUACAUGAUCCGGAAACUGAUUUCCACCCCCGACUGUGCCGACCUCACUGCUUUCCAGGUGUCGCUGCACAUCACGGUUUGCCUGAUGAACCUCAACUCCUGCUUGGAUCCGUUCAUCUACUUCUUCGCCUGCAAAGGCUACAAGAGGAAACUCAUGAAGCUGCUGAGGCUGCAGGUCAGCGCCUCCUUCUCCAGUGUGGUCAGGACUUCACCUGAGGGGUCCUCCAAGGACGUCGUGGAUGGGAACAAGAUUCAGCUGAACAGUUCAGUUCUGGGGUCAAAUUGUGAAAGACAAAAUCACAGGCGGUCGAACAUGUACGAGUAGACGCUGAAGUGACUGUGAAUACCGGGAUCCUUGCACUGGCGGAACCUGCGUCGCUUUCCAGAAAUGUGUUGUUGGCGAAGUCAGACUUCAAAAUGACACUUGAAGCAGCAGGCCACAAACUCAAAUCCAUUCUUCUCACACAAUCAUUGGGGUCAUCAGCUUCAAGCAGCUAUCUUCAAACCGAGGGCACCUCCAUUUGGACUCAUUGAGAUUCAUAGUUUAAAUACUGUUUUGAUGAACAGGAGGAAAGUUGUCAAAACCUGAUUGAGCUACUUGCUCAACAUGCCAGUCUUGUUCAGCUGUGAAAAAUGUGCGCUUAUUUAAAAGAUGUGUACAGAAUAAGUUUCAGAUUCCGCUCAGAAGUAGAAAACCUGACAAGGACCUAUGCUUUUUUUUUUUUUUACAUUUGUACGUGGGACCAAAAGUGCAGUUGCUCUUCAGACACCGGUCUGUAGUUUGACUCCGCCUCCAGUCCGAGUCACCAAUCGUUUUUCAGAUGCUGGAAAGUCUUUUUUAUUUUAACCAAACGAUGUUGCUGUACUGUAAGAUAAUUUCGGGUAUUGUCUGUAGGUGACGUUGUGGGACUUUUAAUGAUUAAAAAAAUG